AUGACCAUUGAUCCGGCGCACAUGUCGAAAGAAGACCCAGAACUCAAGGAGACAGAGACAACUGACAUAGAGCGUACCGCCACUUCAGGUACUGAGAAACAUGGAAGCACAGUGGUUCUCUCAGUCGGCGGGGAUGCUGGGUACCAUCGAUCACUAACAAGGCGGCAAAUCAUGAUGAUGACCUUUGGGGCGGGCAUUGGGACUGGACUGUGGGUAGGAACUGGACAAGCCUUGCAUUAUGCUGGUCCUGCUGGCACAGCUAUUACCUACACCAUCACUGCGAUGAUUGUUUACGCCCAGUACUCCUCUAUCGGUGAGAUGACCACAUAUAAACCAAUCCAUGGUGGCUUUAUCCGACAAUGCGCUGAAUACGUGGACCCGGCCUUUGGCUUUGCAAUUGGUGUCAAUUUUUGGUUCGCGUGGGUGAUGAUCAUACCAGCAGAGAUAACAGCUGCCAUAUCCGUCUUGAAGUACUGGCCAGAGACCGAUGCAGUACCACUCGCGGCAUACAUUACAAUAUUCCUUGCCGUGAUUGCCUUUGCUAACAUGUUUCACGUUCGGGUGUAUGGAUACAUUGAGUACUAUAUGUCGUUUGUCAAAUGUCUCGCAGUCGUUUUGAUGAUUUUCUUUAUGUUCAUCAUGACCUCGGGAGGAAUUUCCGCCACGAACGGACCCAUAGAGUUCAGAUACUGGAAGAACCCUGGGGCGUUCAACAAUGGAAUCAAAGGCAUUGCCAAGGCAUUUGUACAAGCGGCCUUCAGCUUUGGUGGCGGCGAACAUAUUGCUGUGAUAGCUGGUGAAGUCAAAGAUCCCCGAAGAACUAUCAAGAAAACAGUUCGACCAAUCUUUUGGAGAAUGUUCACCUUCUUCGUGGUGAAUAUCUGGCUUGUCGGGAUGUGUGUGCCUUCCAAUGACACCGACCUUGUGAAUGCAAGUGGAACUAUGGGGAGUCCCUUUGUCAUCGCUGUUAAACGUGCAGAUGUCUAUGGUCUUGCGCAUGCAAUCAACGGCUUCAUAUUUCUCAGUGUCAUCAGCUGUGGAAUAACCAGUGCUUAUAUCGCAAGUCGAAGCCUUACAGCUCUGUCUGAUCUACAAAUCAUCCAUCCCUUCUUCGGCAAAAAGGACUCUCAAGGGAGACCUUAUGUGUCACUCAUUAUCAGCUUGGGUCUAGGUGGCGGGCUUUGCUAUCUCAACACUAAUAGUGUUGGUACAUUGGUCUAUGGUUGGUUUUCUGCCUUGGUAGCAAUCGCGACACUCUUUCAAUGGGCGUCGAUCUAUAUAGCCCACCUUCGAUUUCGGCAGGGACUUCGGGCCCAAGGCAAGGACCUUGGUAGCCUUCCUUUCAAAGGUCUUUUGACCCCAUGGGCACAGUACUUCGGCCUAAUAAUUGUACUCUUCGUAUUUGGCUGCGAGUUCUAUCUGGCUUGUUGGCCAUUUGGGGAAAAGGGCUCUGUCAAGAGUUUCUUCUCUUCUUACCUCGCCGCUCCCUUGUUCUUUUUCGACUAUUUUGUGUACAAGUUUUAUUACAAAACAAAGAUCGUCAAACCUAUUGAUAUGGACUUCGCCACCGCCAAAGCGUUCGACGAACAGGAUGUCAUCAAUGCCAUUGCUUCCGAAAGCAUGCCACAGGAUUUGGAGACAACUGGCAAACAGCGGUGGUAUAAGCGUGUACAGUACAUGGUGUUUGGUUAA